CUUUCAACCAAGAGUCUGAUAAUUCGCCUCGGUCGUCGCAUCGCAAUUUGGGCUGCGCCUUUUCAAUGAGCAACGUUGCGCGUUGGACAGGUUGCGGAAAUGAAUGCCGACCGCUACGCUAGGCUUGUUGGCAUGCCCCCUUUCCGAGAAUUCAAGCAUCAAAACCGCCGGGCAACGCUGUGCAGUUCUUUUUCAGCAUUUAGACGUGGCCUCGCUUUGCUGUCGAGCCGCUUCCACUUCUCCGUCGUUCUUUCAGCGUUUGCUGCCUUUCUUCUUUCUCCACAUUGGCUCGUGUUUGCCCAAGCGCGACCCUGCAACUUGCAUCGUGGAGCUUCGGAACCGUCUUGAACAGCACCACCUACUUUCCCGCCAACAACAAACUACACAUCAGUCAUCAUGGGUUCUCCUGACUGGCUUGAGGUCGGUGUACCGACACUCGACCGCCCAUUUGGUCUCGCUCUGUGGCCCAUCUUUGAGAAGAUCUUCGAGCCCAUUGUUGGAUACAAGCCGCAAGACUUCCGAUUCGUGUCCGGCGAGACACCACUCUCGACGUUCAAGGCAUGCGCUGCCACCCUUGUCGUAUACUACAUCACAAUAUUCGGCGGCCGCGAGUUCAUGCGGAAUCGCGAGCCCUUCAAGCUCGAGUUCCUCUUCAAGCUCCACAACUUCUACCUCACCGCAAUUAGCGCCUCCCUCCUGGUGCUGUUCGCGGAGCAGAUCAUCCCCAUUGUUGCGAGGAAUGGCAUCUUCUUUGCCAUCUGCGACCACCGCGGCGGCUGGACUGACAAGCUCGUCAUCUUGUACUACCUCAACUACCUCACCAAAUACGUCGAAUUCAUUGACACGGGGUUCCUGUUCCUGAAGAAGAAGCCCUUGACCUUCCUCCACACCUACCACCACGGCGCGACCGCACUCCUCUGCUACACCCAGCUCAUCGGACACACUCCCGUCUCAUGGCCUGUUAUCACGCUGAACCUGGCUGUCCACGUCAUCAUGUACUGGUACUACUUUCAGAGCGCGCGUGGUAUUCGCAUCUGGUGGAAGAAGUACAUCACGAUCGGACAGAUCUCCCAGUUCGUUCUUGACAUCGGUUUCAUCUACUUCGCCUCGUACACCUACUUCACCAGCACAUACUGGCCCCACAUCCCCAACAUGGGCAAGUGCGCCGGCGAGGAGUUUGCUGCUAUUGCUGGAAUCUGCAUCAUCACGUCGUACCUCCUCCUCUUCAUCGCUUUCUACUUCGCUACGUACAAGAAGCCAGUGCCUAAGGGGCGCCGCCGUGCUACCAGCGCGUUGGUUGAGAUGAAGGAUGGCAAGGUUCCGACAGUUGGUGAAGCUCGCAGGCGCCUGUCGACCUCUCGCGCGGAACUCUCCCCGAACGGAACACCCAAUGGCCGUGCUACUCGAAGCCGAAAGGCUUAGACGCGUCGAGUCCGCGCGCAGAUACAUUUGUGAUUGGGGGUUUCGCCUUGCGCAGAUACAUUGCAUGCAGUGCAAUCACGUCAUGAUAUCAAUGGGAGGAACCUUUUUGGCUGGGCUCCCUACCCUUUUUCAAACUUGACUUACAACUACCCUGGAGGGCUGCAAUUUUAUACUCUAUUGUAAUUGUCAUGCCAUUGGGUUGCCCUUUUUUCUCAUCUUAGGUGGCACCCUCGCGUUACGAAAAGCAUAUAUGUAGGAGUAUGGGUGUCGGGGAUUCACGACGACUUCGUUUAUCGGUGUUGGUGGAUGGUUGU